CCAAUUAACAUUUCACAUUUUUUUUUAAUGGCAUUUACUUUUUGGCAUAGCUUUCAAAAUGAAUGCUAGUUCUGUCCCUUGGAAGAUCCAGUUACAAGACACAGUCAAUCUGGCGACACAGUGGCCAAAUAUACUACACGUGUCGUUGUCUGUCGUUAUAUUAACUUUUGGUCUCGUCACAAAUAUCAUCAACACCAUUAUCUUUUCAAGACUUGGCAUCAAGACCUCCUCUAACCUCACCUUUCUGGCACUCUCUCUGACAGAUGUUCUCAACCUCAGCGCUGGGCUGGUCUAUUCGAUUUGUGGAAACUUUGCGCUGGCUCAGUUAACGGACCUGGUCACUGAUCCAAUCACUAUUAUCUACAUUUUAUCAGUGACUCCGAGAGCGGCCUUUUCCAGAGUGACUUGUUGCAUCACAGUCUUCAUCACACUAGAAAGAUGCCUGUGCAUUGCGUCACCUCUCAAAGUGAAGAGCCUGCUGACAACGACCAAAACUUUGAUAAUACUGAUAUCGAUAUUUGUUAUCUGUACAUUUAUUGUGUACAUUCAUGUGUACACAGGCGCUGUCUAUUUAACAAACCGUUUUGAGUACUCGGCAAACACCUCCAGAUUUGGACUGGCACUCAACGACAACUACAAUUACAUAAAUUUAGUCUCAGGGGCGAUAAACUCAAUUUUUUUCGUCGCUCUGUUUUUCGUCAUAGUUAUUGCCACUUUGUUUUUGACCUUUCAACUCGCCAAGAAAACAAAAUGGAGAAAAAGUCUGGCUACGUACGGAGACUCGAAGCUGGAUGUUUUAACCAAGAGAGAUAAGUCUAUAAGCAAGAUCACCGCAUUGUUGGCUAUAAUCUUAAUUAUUACUUAUCUCCCUUUUUUAAUUCUCUGCGUAUUUGCAAUCUUAAAGAUCAACUUUGUAGCUUAUGGAAACAAUAAUGGAUUUAAUCAAAUAUUGUGGAUGGUAUCCAAUAUAGUGGAACACAUUAAUUCAAGCUCUAGUUUGUUUGUUUAUUAUACGAUGAGUUCACUAUAUAGAAAGACGUUUCAUUCCAUGUUUCAUUCGUUUCACAGACAUAACAAAAGCGUUUCCAAGUUAAAUUGUUGAUGUCUAUAGUGUGGAGUUGAUUGGAUGUCUGAAAUGUAUAAGAGUUAUAUUAUAAAGAAUUUCUGUGGAGUAGAAUGACAGUAUUUUUGGAGCUAAAAUGAUAAAAGUGUCUUUGGUUUAAACUCUAUGCUUUGGGAGAUUCUUUGGAUUUAACUCAAUGUUCUAAAAGUGAAUUUGGGAUAAUUCGUAGCUAAUUAAAUGUUCUAAAAGUGUCUUUGGAGUUCAUUCGAUGUUCUAAAAGUGUCUUUGAUUGAAAUUCGAUGUUCUAUAGAUUUUUCCAUAUGACAUGUGCAGUAAAUUUCUGAAGCGG